AUGUCAUUCAAAAGCUCAUCUUCGUCAGGCGAUUUGGGUUACAAUGGCUUUCCUGUAUCAUUGAGCUACUUUGUGGCUGCACCAGAGGUGCUGGUCAUCGAAGAUCCAAAUAUAGCAGUACUCUUCAAGGCGUUAUCAAAGAAGAACUCCGUCACCAAGGAGAAAAACCUUACUGAUUUGGUCAAAGUUUUCAAUGACUCAUCUUGCACAAUCACAGAUUCCGUGAUCAUGUGCUGGAUCCAGCAAUAUCCAAAGUUAGCACUUGAUAAUUCCAAGCCUGUCAGAUUACUUGCGCAUCAGGUUCAAGGCAACUUGCUAAGAAGAGUGGGUGGCAAGGAGUUUGGUAAGUACUUGAAAAGCACGAUCCCACUAUGGCUUCUGAGUCUUUAUGAUCCUGACUCUCCUGUUGCCAAUGGCUCCUACAAAGAGCUUCUCGAGAGCUUCAAUAAUGAGAAGGAACGGGUUGAUGUCAAACUUUGGCAUGUCUUUUGUGAACAGAUUAUUAACUUCAUCCACACCAUAAUUUGUGUGGAGUCCGACGAAAGCUUGUCUGAUCUCAGGUAUGUGAAGAAGGAGGACUCGGUUGCCAAGUAUGAGAGGGCCCUUGUUGGAGCAGUAUCAAUGCUUCGAAAACUUAUCGACAUGAGUAAUAAUGAUACGUCCUUUGUACUCACUGCUGAUUCUAAGAAGCAAGUGAAAGACAUUUUACAUCUGGAGGAGCUCUGGGGGCCAUUGGCUUCCUGUUCUGAUUCGGAGACUAUUAAUGUUGGUCUCUUCAAAACAUACCUUGCACUCCUAAAGACCAUCUUUCACCUCAAUAAGAAUCAUCCUUCCCCAUUCACAGCCGCUUUAGACGAUGUCAAAGGCCUCUACAAACUUGUCAGCAAGAAGUUCAUUAAGAAUGUCAAACUCAAGGAAACUGAAAAGACUCAGUCUAUCAUCUACUCAAAUGUUAUCAUCCAAUUUUGGGACACCUUGAAUGUCUUGACGACGUUUUCCAGCAUGGAUGCAGAGGAUAAUAAAAAUCUAAAAAUUAAGAAAAACUUCUGGGAAUUGGCUGGAUCGAAGGCUCACUCUCGUCUCAUGGACUAUAUUAAAUUGGGUCCUUGCAACUCUGAUCCCAUAUAUUAUAACGUGCUCAAAGCAUUUUUCAAAAACGCAUCUCAGGUGGAAUACAAAGCUGAGUCUGAUGAUGUGUUUUUAGACUUCGCGUCCAAUAAGCAUAUUAAAAGCAUCAAUAAAGCUUUAUUGUCACAAUUCAUAAAGCUAAACACAUUGCCUUACAAGAAGUCUGCAAUUGGUUGCAUAUUUACAUUGCUAAGUCUAUCGUCGGCUAAGAGCACUCUUGAGCUUAAGAUGGAAGCAUACUUGACAGCUCUAGAUGGGCUCUCUGCAAGAUCAAGACAAGCAGACGCAAGUACAAAAAAUGAAGCGAUUGAGUUGCUUGCCUCUUACUGUGAAAACUUAAAGUUUGAUGAGAUGGGCGAAGAGAUAUGUGAUUAUAUAACUCGCAGCGGUACUUUCACUCUUGCGGGCCAUUCGUUCAAAAGUGAGUUUGAUCAAGUGGUACCCACCUAUGUUGCCACUCUCAAUGUUGAACAAAGCAACAAGUUGGCAGAUAGUGUACUUCUUGCAUUGCUGGACAUCUUCGAGAUCCUGCAACAAACCAAAGCAUUCGAAGUUUUGAUUUGUUGUCUUCAGAAGGGAUUUAGUCAGGAGGCUAAGGAGUGGAUGCCAUUGCUUCCUUCAUUUUGCACUCCUAAUUUUACGAGACUUCCUUUUGAAGUCCUUCGCCUUAUCCUCAAAGCCAACGUCGACUGGGUUGAUUAUCAGGAAUUGAUAAGUGAUAUUUUCACGAAAGUUUCAACGGAUGUCAAGAGUGCAUUGCCUGAACUUCUCCAAAUCUUGAAGCAGACGGAGACAAUAUCAGAAAAAGACAUUCCUGAGGUAAAAGAGUAUUUGGAAUCGUUGUCAGCUGCUAAUACAGACUCAUCGCAGGGAAACGAAAUGGUCUAUAAUUACAUUGACGACCCAAAAAUUCUUCGGAACCUUAUAAUUUCUCCUGCUGUUCGAGCUAACCCAAAGCAAUUUAUUGACGCUACGAUCACGAGGAAGAUAAAUUUGCGGGAUCUUGAAAGUGAUUUUGAGGGAAGCAUUUCUGAAAUAAUUCUCCAAGGUUUGACAACCGUGGAUGCGAGCCGUCUUGCCUCCUUCUUGGAGCUCAUAGGUGAUGUACCAUUUAUUGCACAUACGCUCUACACUGGUAUGGAGAAAUCUGACUCAAAAUUUGACGAAGUUACAAACUUUUUAUCGCAAUUCCCCAAUUACUUUCCAAUGAAAGAGAUUUCGGAGAGAGUUAGCAAAGCAACAGGCUUAGUGGACAUUACCACCGUUGCUAUAUCAAAUCCUAUUUUUCAAAACGUUCACUUGGCUAGUCAAUCUACAGAAGAUCCUAUUUUAGACCGCUUUGUUGUCGGCACGGCAAAACUUCUUGCAUCGCAUCUCGAUUCCACCCAGAGCUCUGCGACGGACUUAAUAGCAGUGGCCAUUUUGGUGAGCGAAUACAUCGAUGAUUAUUUGUUUUUGGCCAAAUCAAACCAAUCUAUGCUGUCUAUCUUGAAUGAUAAAGCACAAUUGGACACCUCGAUCAAACGUCAUGUGUUCGUCAGUUCGAGCAACCCUGCCGAUUUUUUGAAUGGACAGAUAGAAGGUUCAUCAAUCGAAAAUCAUUUGUUGAAUGUUAUAUCAGCGGAGGGUCCCUUUAACAAGUCCCAAAUCUUCUUCGCUCGCUAUGUGACUCGCCAUCUUGCCACAAGUUUUGAGGUAAUGUCUUUCAAGGAGUUCGAAUCUCUUGAUUUGAAACUCACAAAGCUCGCUCGUCAACCUCUUCUCUUAGCCUCUUUCUUAUCAUCGGCCACUAAGUUUACUGGCGUGUCGAAAAAGUUCGACAGAUUGAGAAGUUUUGUGUUCGCAGAAAUCCUUGGUGUUAAGUCUUCGCCUGAUAUUCUCGAUCUGGGUAAGACAUGGCUCUCCUUGGCCAUAAACUUCCUUAAUGUUGAUCAUGAUGAAAGUCCCCAGUACGAGGUAUUGCCUCCACACAAGAUGGGCUUGCUUAUUAACCAUAUUUCCGAGUGGUUGGAUUCUGACAUUGCCUACGAUGACGAUUUUCAUGUUAUCAGAAGUCUAUUGGCUCUUUUCUUUUCGAGUUUGUUGGCCGAGCACUCAAACGCCGUUUCUGAGAAAUGCUGGGAAGUUGCUUACGACUUGUGCCUUAAUAAUCUCAGCACUGCUCAGCUUGCAGUUUCAAACAUUGAAUUGCGAUUCUUCACCAUCAAGCUUGCGGCCACUUUCUUGAAGUCAGCAGAUGAGCAAGGUAAUUGGAAGGAGACGAGAAAGUCUCUAAUUGAGGAGAUUUGUGAUCUCAUCCUGAACCAAGAAGUUGAAAGAAAUGAUGAACAGCGUGACAACCAGGCCAUCAAAAUGACCAACGAGAUUGUGAGAAGAAUCAUGAGCGGCAAUUGCGUUCCCGAUUAUCUCAUUGCUGACAAUCUGGAGAAGUUUUAUAAGAUUAUCCAUAACUCAACCUUCGUGGAUAUGCAAAGAAUUUCUACAAUGCUUUUGCAGAGACAUAUUUUGUCAACUCGAGAUGAAUUCGUUGUCGAAUACCAACUUAACAAAUCCAAUUUGGGAGACUCUCUGGAGAACCUAGCCGAGGCGAAGUUACCCACACAGCUCAUUAACUCAGUAACCGAGUUUGGAGAGGAUCUCGAAACAUCAAUUGGAAAAGAAAGGGAUCAUAUUGUGACAUCUUACUUGUGGAGUUGGCUUUUGAUCUUUGCGUUCUUUAAAGAUUCGACUUAUGGAAUUCGAACAGACUACAUCAAUCAACUUAAAGAGCACAAGUCAAUUGAGCAUUUGUUGAAUGUUAUUUUCGACCAUGUCGACGUUGCAGAUUCCAAAUUUUUAAAGACUUUGGUUGACGGAAAUUCGGAAAACGCUAUUCGAGUCGACCCUGAGAACUGCAAGAUUUCAGAUUAUUCAGUUGCAACUGGCUGUGUGGGCGAGGAUCUCUUGUACGAGAUGAAGUUCUUGCUCGUUCACCUCUAUUUGAUGUGUCUACAAUACCUAGGCUCUCACAGCCAACAGUGGUUCAGUGAGCUUAGAGACUUGCAAUUGAAAAGGCAAAUUGAGAAAUUCUCGGUCAAAUUCAUCUGCCCUAUUCUCACCUCCAGAAUGUUGAGUGAGGUAGAUAGUACUAAGCGCAAACUCACAGACAAUGAUGAAAACCUAAGCAUCAAGGUUAACCAAGUCACCAACGAAAUCAAAACCAUCUAUUUGAUCGAUGAGCAGAGAAUGGAAAUGGUUGUCAAAAUACCGGAGUCAUUUCCCCUUUCUAGCGUCCUGGUUCUGGGUCCUUUGCGCUUGGGAGUCAAGGAAAAUCAAUGGAAAGCUUGGUUGUUGGCCUCCCAGCGUGUCAUUUCCCUCACAAAUGGCUCCAUCACAGAUUGCAUUGAGUUAUUUAACAGAAAUGUCAACUUACAUUUCUCAGGACCACUCUCUACCAUCCAAAACUUGUCCUACUUGUCUGAACAAAUUUCAUGCUGCCUGUCUUUAUAA